GUAUAAAAGUAUUUAAUUAAAAAAUAAAAAAUAAAUGCUAACAAUACGUAACUUCCGGUGCGGCGCUCCAAACGUUUCCGGCUGCCACUUGAUGACGUUGACCGACGCGUCACCGUGUUUUGAUUUUCAGCGCGUCUACCAACAAGCUCUCUAGUCUGUUCUCUCUUUAUACAUCCACGGUGGACUGAGUCCUCAUUUCGCAGUUUAACGAUGGAAACCAGCGCCAGUGUCAGCUCGAUGAUCAUGUAUGAGGACGAGUCGGUGGAUGUUCGGUACGGUAACGGAGCCCGGUUACAGCUGUCACCGUGUGGCUGUGAGUUCAUCCUGGUGAAACCCACAGAGCCCUCUGGACAUCCUCUACAGCCCACUGAGACAGUCCGACAGAGGACCAGGUUCACCAUCAGCUCUUAUAAGGAGUUCAUGGUAGCUGCAUUGGCAUUUAGGAAUAAAUAUGCAAGUCGACCCUAUCUGCCAGAGGAGCUCAUCCCAGCUGACCACAAGAAGCCUUUUGUCAGCAUUGACUCAGACGUGCAGUGGCCUCAGUGUUCUUCCUGUGAUGCUGAGCUCGGACCUGGAGGCGAGACCAUCAUCGGGUCAGAGGGGGGACGAGCUGCGUUGACGCUGUCGCCCUCGGGUGAAGAAUUCUCCGUAGAGUUCACGUGCAGCCUCAGUCGGACUCAAAAUCAGCGCCGCAGCAUGCAGGGCUUCAGCGGAGACCCUGACAGCAGCCCAGGCAGUCAGCAGAUCUGUCAGACUACCAGUGAUGAGAUUGAUCAUCAGGGAAGAGGAAGCAGAAGGAACGAGUCUAUUAGAUCGAGGUCUUGUUCUCCACGGAUUAUCGGCACUGCUCAGCCACAGCCAGAGGAGAUGUACCAAUCCACCACGGUGGUCCAGCAUCACUCCUGCUGUGCCGUUGCCCCCAUCUGGUGCUACCCUCUCUCCUUGGCUCACCACCUCUGGACGGCUCGUCUCUCUAAACCUGAAGAGGGAACCAGCGAUCUCACCCAGGCACAUGGGAGAAUAAAUAUGUCAGACGUAUCCAUCGUAAAGAGAAGGUCUCACCUUCCUCAGGCGCUGCCUCUCGCAUGCCCAUCACCUCACUGGCACAGGUGGAAGGUGAGAGACCCCCUGGCUAAAACAGAACAUUCAGACCAAGAUCUUCCAACAGAGUUGGUAAAAGUGAUGUGGUGUCAAGGAGUCACCUACAGGAUACUGAGCGGGGCGGUCUCGGUCAUAGAGGUUUCCCCAGGAGAUGGAUCAGUCAUCCGGUCUAACGGUGUCCUUAACACUUAUUUUACCCAUCACAAACCUGAGCUCCUGUCAGGGCGGGUGAAAGAGGUAACGUACCACUUGAACAACCUCCCACCUGACGUACCCGGACAGCUGUACUCCGUGUGCUCCAUUGUGAGUCGUGCCAGCAGGAUCCUCGCUUGCUACAACGAGGCCAAGCAGUCACUGAAGCUCCCUGCCACACCCAGCUGCUUGCAAGAGGGGAGACAUUUCUCUAGACCAGCAAGGAUUGAAGAAGAUCUGUUCAAUCUCGUAUCUGUUCAGCAGCAUGUGAAUGUUACACAGACAGUAGAAAGUCGGUCAGAUCUUGUAGCUGCAGAACUGGAGAAGAUACAACGAUUCAACUUUCUGCUGGAGAACAACCACCUGCUGAGAAGUGAGAUAGGAUGCGCGAAACUGGAAGGUAGCUCUGCAGAAGAGGCGACUCAUGAACCAGUGAACAUCGCUGAGGCUCUUCAGAGAACAUCCAAAGCCAUACAGGACAUUGAUGCUCUCAUAUCAGCAGCCACACUGAUUUGAGAGAGUCCUGAUUGAGAGACAUGUUUUAAGAAGAAGAAACCCCCAACGUACGAGCUCGGUACUUACAAAUAUGUAAAGCCGUUUUGCUGCAAUGUGUGGAGACUGAAAGAAAGUAUUUUUCCAGUUGCUAAUUGUUCCUUCCUGUCUGGCUCAGAGAACUUGCAGUGAUGCAAAAUGGCUUUAACACCUUGAUGUUUCCACACUACAACUAUGACAUAUUGUGGUUGUAAUGUACACGGUGUGGCUGAUUUAAAAAAAAAAAAGGCCUCAAUAUGAUACGAUUUUAACAAUUUCUGGGUUAUAAACU